AUGGAACCUCCACGUUUUCAAAUAAACCAGAAAAUCCCUCGUGGUCCGCCUUCUCCUCCUGCUCCAGUGUUGCAUUCACCUCCUAGAAAGGUCACCGCUAAAGAACAGGCUGACUGGAAAAUUCCUCCAUGCGUCUCAAAUUGGAAAAAUCCAAAAGGUUACACUGUCGCUUUGGACAAACGUUUGGCUGCUGAUGGACGCGGAUUACAACAAGUUCACAUUAAUGAAGGCUUUGCUAAAUUUGCUGAGGCCCUUUCAAUUGCUGAACGGAAAGCGAGAGAAUCAGUCGAAACUAGGGCUCAGAUGGAACGACUAAUUGCCCAAAACAAGAAGACUGAACAAGAAAAGAGAAUGAGAGAAAUGGCACAAAGUGCCAGAAUUCAACGUUCUCAAGCUCUACGAAAAGCUGAAGCUGAUGAAGAUCAAAAAUUAAUGGAAGAGGCAAAGGAAAGGGAAGCCAUUCGACGUGAUAGGGUUGAAGAUCACCGAAAAGAGAGGAAUAUUGCCCGUAGUAGACCUGACAAAUUGGAAAAGUUGAAACGGGAUAAGGAUCGUGAUAUUUCCGAAAAAAUUGCACUUGGCCUUCCUGAUUCACGUGCGCGCACGACUACCGGUACACAGUUUGACUCUCGUCUUUUUAAUCAAAACGCGGGACUUGACAGUGGUGGUAUUGAUGACGAGACUUACACAGCUUAUGACAAACCUUGGCGUCCACAAGAUAAUGUUCAACAACAUAUUUAUCGACCAAGAAAAGAUGUUGAUAGUGGUAUUUAUGGAGCUGAUUUGGACAAAAUAAUCAAUACAAGUCGUUUUGUACCAGACAAAGGAUUUUCUGGAACUGAAGGGGUUGAUAAAAGAGCAAGUGGACCUGUUCAGUUUAAACGGGAAGAGGAAGAUAUUUUCGGAUUGGGUGAAUUAUUGCAAACAAGUUCAACUUCAAAAUUUUCAUCAGCAUCUAAAAGGAAGUUGUCAGACGAGGGGGAUGGGAAAGAAAAUGUUAAAAGAAGUCGAAAAUGA